GGUUUUGCCGAGUCACGUGGCGUCUGUCAUGGCCGCCUCCAUGGCGGGGAGGAGUGCGAGCGCCGGGGCGUUGAUGCGGGUGGCGGGAGGCAGCUUGUGGCGGGGUCCGGGGUCCUGCAGAUUCGAUCCGAGGAGAUCCGUCGCGCUGUUGCCGGUCAGCUCCAGGGGCUUCUGGAGCACAGGCCCUUGCCCUGCGGAGGUAGAAAAGCGGCCCCCGGACCCGGAACCGCCCUCUGAACCGCCCUCCGAGGACUUGGUGAACGUGGUAUUCGUGGACCGCUCUGGGCAGCGAGUCCCUGUGAGUGGCCGAGUCGGUGAGGAUGUGUUGCGCUUGGCCCAGCGACACGGCAUCGAUUUGGAGGGGGCCUGUGAGGCCUCCUUGGCCUGUUCUACCUGCCAUGUCUAUGUGAGUGAGGAGCAUUUGGCUGUCUUGCCCCCACCUGAAGAGAGGGAAGAUGACAUGCUGGACAUGGCCCCACAGCUACAGGAGAACUCAAGGCUGGGCUGCCAGAUCAUCUUGACAAAGGAGCUUGAGGGUGCCGAGUUCACUUUGCCGAAAGUUACUCGAAACUUCUAUGUGGAUGGCCAUGUUCCCAAACCCCACUGACAAGGGAGGACCAGCAAACUGCUGGACCUAUGGACCUCUUCCUCAGGGCUUGGUAGUUGCCUGGCUUGGGCAUGGACUCCUUUAACGGACAUAUAGCCUGUCACUUGCCUUUUUCUCCUUAGGGCCUACCCCUGUUGACCAAAGCUGACCAGAUUGUGGAUGCCUUAGGGCCUGUUAAAGGGGGCUUAAGAGAGAGGCCUUUUCUUAGGAGGAAUCUGCAUUUGUGCUGUAGGAGAAAAAGGUUCCCUCUCUUGCUUCAGCCCUGGCAAGGAGUGGGGGGAGAGGGCUCCUGGACCCCCAGAGUGGGGGUAUCUGUUAGAGCCACAAUAAAACACUUUGUUCACCAGA